UAAGGUUACGGUUAGGCAUACGGUUAACAGUGUGUUUAAAAUUAAGUUUAAGGGUAGGGUUAGGUUUAGGUUUAAAAUCAAAUUUUUAAGAAGAUAAAUUGUAGAAACUGGCGGGAUUUAGCCAAAAUGAUGACUUUGUGGCUAUGGUAACUACUGACCUACCGCGUUAACCUACGUCACUUCCGCUCUGACUCUCCCAGCAGGAAAAUGGCGGCUACUUCGAAAGAACACCGACUGUCCCAACAUGUCUACGCUACUCUACAGACCCUGUCAUGUUCCCUGGUGGAAGGUCUAUAUCUGCGUGAGGCUGACAGUAUGCAGGAACUACUGUGUACUCCAUCGCAACACCGCACCGACAUACUGGCAUGGAUCUGUAGCAGCAUCUGUCCAUCUCUCAGUAAGAAACUGCCCUCACUCAGAUCUAAAGACCCAAUCUCCCUCAGCCAAGAGCUGGCAGUGUUUGGCCAGGAGAUGAUGCUGUGUAGAACAGACGACCUGGACCUGAUCACGGGCCGGGCCUGCCCCCUGCGCCAGCUGUGGUUCCUGGAGCAGCUGCUUACUUUAGUGCCUGACUCCGUGGACAGCAGUGAGGACAGCAGGGCCGGUGGAGAGGGCCUACUGAAGGAACUCUUCUGUCCUGAAGCUCUGCCUCACCUGACACAUGCUCUCACCCCUACUCUCAACCCCUGGCCCUCUGACAUCAGGGGUGCCAGGAAGGGUCAGAGGUCACUACCCAGCAGGCCGAGGGGCGAGGAGGUUGCUGGUGUCACAGCCCUGCUGGAGUCCACUCUCGCCGCCCUGGAACAGCUGCAUGACCAGUGUGUGUUCCUGCGUGGUGAGGAGGCCAGUCCUAGCCGGUUCUCUGUGUGCGCGUUACGCGUAGCUGUGUCUGAUCUGGCCCAGAUGAUGAGUGUGUUCAGCCGUGUGUACGACACGGACUUCAGAUCCUACUGCAGCAGAGACCCUCCCAGCCUCAGAUCACACACACACAUCUUCAGCACUGUCCAUAGGCUGCUCACCGCCUGCAACACGGAGCUAGAGGUCCUGCGGCAGGUAUCAGAGGUGUCUGUAUGUCUGUCUGACACGGUGAAUGAGGUACACUCGGACCCUUGCUACUGGAGUCACGGACACAAGCACACCCUCUGUGAGUAUAUACACACAGACCCUCGCCUUCACAAACACACCCUCUCCACCCAGUUGGAGCACCUUACCAAGAGAUACACAGAGUUCCUUUCUCUUCACCACGGAACGGAUAGCAAGCUACCGCUAACCGAACCCUGAACUCCAGACUGAAGCUAGCAGGCUACCGCUAACCUUACCCUAAACUCUACAGACAACUAUUAGCUUGCUACUGCUAACUCUCCAUGAUCACCACAUGCAGUGUUAACUUUCCUGCAUUUCAAUGCUAAGGUUGUUCUAGUAUCAGUGCUAACUGUGUAACUGUGACUAGGGCAGUAGGCACAUCAUUAUCUAGCUUGGCUUUCCAUGUUCUCAUCUUUGUUUUUAAAAAUGUUUCAAUACACUUGAAAUCACUGUUUUUGUAAAUGUUUUAAUGAGUGCACUAUAUAGGGUCCCAUUUGGGACAUUCACCACCGAUACAUCAAAUAUGUUUUGCUUUCUCAACACCAGAAUUGCAGACAACAUUGUUUCUCUCUUGGUUGCACCGGGUCUCUUGAAAAAAAUAUUUUAUCUCAAUGAGACUAACCUGGAUAAAUAAAGGUUACUAGUUUCUGAAGU